AUGGAUUAUUUGUUGAAUUCUUUAAAUCCUCAUGUUAUCAGUAAAGCGUUUUUUGGAUACGCUUUCACAAAUCCAGUGUCCGGUGCAUGGAACCCAGACCAAUCCAGUGUAAAAGUUAAUAUCGCUCCAGAAAAAGGAUUUAUGCGAAUUUCUGCCAUAAGAAAUACCACUAAUAUGGCAUGGGCACAAUAUUUCAUUGAUUCAAAUUAUCAUUUCCAACAACUUUCGAGUGGUACGAUUGAACUUCCCAUUUUUGCAAGUGCCGUAUUUAAUACCCUCGCGACAGUUGAUGAAGGUUAUGCUAUUCUUUACGCGAAUUCAUCUGAUCCAACUAAUUCGGCCGAUCCACUAAUUAUUCGUGCGGCAUUGUACAUUCAAACUAUUGGAUAUGGUGAACAGACUUUGGGAUCCCCGCUACUUCUCUAUCAAAUUCCAAUUCAAAACAUAUUAUUCGGACCGCUUUAUUGUGACAUUUCCCCAGUUGGUGUCGGCCAAAUUUGUACAUUAACCAUGUAUGAUAAUUCAACAGCCAAUGCAACACCAGCAACACCAACCAAUGCAACAGCAACACAAUCAACGCAAUCUAUCAGUAACAAUAACACUUAUUAUGCAAAAAUUUCAUUCUUGUCAAGUGGUUCAGUUAUUGAGUUUACUCCAAUAUCUAGAUCACUACCUACGCUACCUAAUGUCACAGAAUGGGUGGUUGCUUCAUUAUCAUAUGGAGGCUAUUUAUUGGUUGCUCAGACAUUGUCACCAACCAACUUAGUAAAUAUCUACGCAUAUGUCUUUGACGAGUACUCAGUCACAGGGCAACCCUGGGAUCUUCAAGAACCUACUCCUUCAAACGUAGCUGGUUCUUUCCAGAUUCUUCCAAAUAAUUCAAUUGUUGUUGCUCAACAAGAAUCUUUGAAUAGUUGGUCAUUUCUCGUUUCUGACUUACCCAAAUUUACAAAAAAUCUAGACAAUGGUUAUUCUAAUGUUCGUGUCAACACUACUUACCCUAAAAUUGGUGAAAACAACGAUGAACCAUUUGCAGGCUCAGUAUCUGGAUUAUUACGUCUAACUUUGGAUGGAACAACAUAUUAUGAAAGUCAAGAUUCUAACAAAUUCUUUUCCGACCUUCAAGCUGAUAUUUCAAAAAUUCUCCCCGUUUCCACUUCACGUUUAAGUUCUAACAAACAUGUUCAGGUUGAUUUUUCUAUUAGUCCAGGCCGACAAAUGUUUUUAUUACUUAAUAUCGAACAAAGCAGAGAUAAAAAUGAAAGAAGCGUUGCAUCACUUAUCCGAGAUUUAAAUACAAUGAUUCGUAAUAAAGAUAUUACACCAAUUGGGUCAGGCAACACUACAAAAUAUCUAGAUGAUACCUAUGGAUUUGUUCCAUCGUCAAAUUUAUGGGAUAAAUACAAGUUGAAACUGUUGGGAGUGUUCUUGGUAGCUUGCCUUUUGAUCUUUCUUUUCCUAUUGGCUCAAAGAAGAGAUAAAAAGGGUCACAAUAUUGCCAUUUUACAACUUGGCCUUAUUUUAUUUGACCUUAUCAUAGAUGUUUUAUUCUUAGUUAAUAAUGGUAAAGAUGUAGAAUUUCUAUACAUUCCCAGUGUAAUAUUUCUAGUAGCUCCAAUUUGCAUAAAUACUGCAUUAGCUUUUUCGAUUAUUACAAAGGAAAAUACACAACCAGAAUUUUUCUCAUGGUUUGUUCGACACGGAAAGGUUGCAUCAAUAUUUACCGUAUUGGCAGGAGCAGACAUUGAAGCAUUAGCCAUACUUAAAUCAAACCUUGCAGGGUUUUCAUUUUUCCAAGCACCUUUUUCAGAUGAAGCACAAUCAAGAAUAUUUUGGGGAGCAUGUUUAAAUAUAUUCACAGAAGAUAUACCUCAAGUAAUAAUUCAGAUCUUAUACCAAAGAAAUACUGUCAUAUAUGACAUUAUUCCACUUCUUACCCUUGUCUCAUCCUGCCUCAACCUGACAAUUAAUAUGAUUGGAAGAUUAUACCAAGCCACUAAUAGAAUUCGACAACAAAGAAAUCAAAGUUUUCCUAAAGUCAACGAAACGCCAUACGAUUCAUACGAUUUUGGAGGUAACCAACCCUUUCAAAUGCCAACUCCAAUGAUUUCUCAAGAUGAGUCCUCUCAUAAAACUGAUAUUAAAGGCGACAUACUUUCUGUUGAGUGUGAUAGCAGGAAGUUAGCAAAAAGUAAUUCAACGAGUAGCUUUCAAGAAAUGAUUAAUCAUUAA